UUCCGAAAAUUUAAAAAGGUUUAAAGGGCAUUUAAGUAAUUCGAAUUCGAAAUCAUUGACUUGCCUCGCAAGCAACGCUCGCUUCCCAUCACGCUUUAGAAUAAAAAUCUAUUUCCUAAAAUAACCUAGCCGCCAUAAUGAAAUUACCAACAUCUCCACCGCCUCAAACACCCUUUAUAAGCCCUCGAGGCUGUUUUUUGUUUCGAUCCUAUUCGAAAACCACAACUGUUCUCCGAUGUUCCUCUCCACCACACGAUCCCCUCCGAGGCGGUAGACCCGAUCGACGGAGCGAUGGUGGAACCCGUCAUCGUCACCGCCUCUGCGGUUUUCUCCGUCGUGUUCUUCGACGGUGAGCGCGAGGUCGAGCUCGGGACCAUCGCUGUGACGCCGUCCAUGGGAUUCAAGAAGUUCCAGGCGUUGAUCUGCCAGAGGAUCGGAGUUUCACCGCAUCAGAUCUCGACGUCGCUGGUCCGUCGCAAGAAGGCACGAUCCUCGCCGGAAAUCCGGCGUAAGGUGCCUAUCGAUGAGUCGUCCGACUUCACUGCGAUCGCCCGUGAGCGUGAUUGUUUCGUCCUCGCCGUCCUCCGUCGUUCUCGCCGCGAGCGCCGUGGUCGGUCCCGCCGCAACCAUGAUCCGGAGGUAAUCUCAGCCCCACCUCUCGAGCGUACGAUCCUUAAACGCAACUCCGAUCCCCUGACCGGGUCGCCGGCGUCAAUUGCCGCCGCUGCGGCAGGGUUAGGGUUAGGACUAUGGGGAUACGAGACGCAGCUCAUGAAUCUCCAGAAGCAGCGAGAGAGGUACUUGCUGUCCACCACGGCGUACCACCCUUACACGAUGGCGAUUGAAGCGCGCUCCAUCACCGGAGCCGCCGCGGGGACGGCCGCAGUCUGUGAGGAGUGCGAGGCAGCGGCGGCGGAAGGAUUGGCUCCACCGGCGUUCCACUGGUGCGUGCGCGAUGCUGUCACAGUGGCGUUCCGUUCUCCAGCGGGGCCAAUCCAACGGCCCUCGAAGGCCUCCGCGUAGGCAUGGACGGACCAGAUCCUCGUCCUUUUUUCUUUCAAUAAUUUUAUUUUCGUACCAAUGCUAUUAAAA